GGUUUGCAAUUUCUGACCAAUUUCAAUAGGGGGAUUGCUCGAAUAUAAAUGUGUUGUCCGUUGACUUGCUCUUGCUCGACAACAUAAGAUAUCGAAUUCAUUUCGUCAAAUUACUUAAUCUUCUCUGUGGUCACUACUCAAACUUUAAAGGAAUCCAAAAGAUCUACAAAUGAAAAACGGAAAGCGAAGAUCUAGUUCCAAAAUUGAUGUGCCGGCUGCCAAGAAGACUGCCUACAAUCUGAGGGCUCGCGGUCAAAGAGUAAGCUAUGCAGAAUUAAGCGAUUAUGAAAUUGAAUUGCAGAUGAGUUUUGACGAUGAAAGAGAAAAUGAUAAUAAGCAGGUAGACUCAACAAGUUUGCAGAGCUCAAAAGCAAAUUCAGCUGCUGAGAGCUCAAAAGCAAAUUCAGCUGCUGAGAGCUCAAAAGCAAAUUCUACUGCUGAGAGCUCAACUGCAGGAGCUGAAAAAACAAUCAAGACUGAAAUGGUGGAAUUUAAUACAAAUUUGGAUGCAGGACUAGGAAAAAGUAACAUGCCAAGUGGAAAUUCAACAUCAUGCCCACCUGCAGCAAUAAACAACAACUCAGGUGAGGAUAAUGUUGCAGAGGGGAGCGCUGUUCAAUGCGAUGUUCAGAUUGACCAUGAGCCACCAAGGGAGAGCCUAAUUCCAGACUUGAAUUUGAUGCCGAAAGAGGAAGAUGAGUAUUAGAAAUGCAAGGGAUCGUUAGUACAAUUGGUGAAUGUGUGGCUGAACUGUUUCUAUAUGCUUUUCUUUUUAUUAGACAUUUGAAGUGUUUAACUUCUCAGUUUAUUGUUUGUUUCAAAUAAAAACUUCUUAGGUGGGUUUAAGGUUUAGGUUGAAUGUGUGGCUGAACUGUUUCUAUAUGUUUUUCUUUUUUUGUAGACAUUUGAAGUGUUUAACUUCUCAAUUUGUUGUUUCGGUUUCAUAUAAAAACAUCUUAGGGUGUUAUUCA